UUUUAUUGUUUUUUUUUAACAAUACCUACAGGAUAUGGAAUCACCCCUAACUGUGGCAUCGGUGAUGACGGAUCUAUACACGAUGUUGAGCACAAAAGGUGCCAAGCCAAUACGUUUAACGAUGGCAGCGGUCCACAUUGUAAACCUUGCACAUUGUGUCCGGUCGGGUUUAACAUUUCGAGCCCGUGCACCACGACUACUGACACUAAGUGCGAAGAUCCAAGGUACGAACACAGUGAGGAUGACGCUGAUUCCAACAAACCGAGGAUCCAGCUUGAAACCAAAUGAAGCUAAUACUCCCCUGUCUCCAGAUCCAGUUAUUCUUGAUUCAGGCCUGCUGUGGGCAGUACCGUUGGUGACGCUUGUUUCCAUCUUGCUUGUGUUAGCUGCUGGUCUCAUCUACAUGAAGAGGAAAAGAGUCCAGCACACGGUAUUGACCUAUAGCAGAAGAUCAUCAUACGUCAAUUCAGGGUUCUCUCCUCUGUCUGCCCCACCUGGUAACAAUGAUCUGGAGGAGAUUCUGAGUCCCAACAUUCUGUCAGCACCUUUACAGACAGUGCUAGACAAGCUGGAUGUUUUAGAAGAGCUGGUGAUUCUGUUGGAUCCAGAAAGCCAGGGAGUAAAAAACACCAAACAUCUGGCGUCUCUUUGCUCCUUUCCUGCCACCUGGAUUACUUACACCUACUCGAUGAAGGAGAGUAAGAGCCCUCUAAAAGCUGUGUUGGAGGGAGUCACCAGCAGGCACCCUGACUUGACAGUAGGGUACCUGGCUAAGCUGCUCAAACGUAUGGAGCGCAAUGAUGCCAUCGCUGUUCUCGGGAAACUAGGACAGGAUGUGAUGCAGGUGUAAUAUUCAUUCCACCUGUGAAUGCAAGAAAAGCCUUUUACUGCAGGCUUUGGACUGCAGCUGUUACUCUAAACAUUUCUGUGGAAUCCACAAAGAAAUGAUGGAAAAGUGUGGAAAAGGCGGAAGCUUGUCAAACAGAUCUGUAGUUAGACAAAGGAAAAGUAUGGGGAGAGAGUGAUUCAAUGCACACAA